CGACUGCUUGCUACAAAACCGAAAUGGUUCAGAAAGCGUAGGGCAAAGACAAAAUGUGGAUGCAACAUGCAUUUAUAAAAUAAAUACAUUCCAGAUACCCAUCAAAGUAUUUCGUAAUCGUUGAAAAUAGCCUUUCACUAUUACUAUAUCGACAAAUCCUUGCAUGUUCAUCUUGUUAUUUUCACAGAGUUUUCUACUUUUCACAAUUCUAUACUAUGUUUUAGUAUUCUUCUGUGGAAUCUUAGCUAAAGAUCUCACAGUAAGUUUAUCAAAUAUAAUUUCACAAGAAUGCGAUCAUGUUUAAAAUCUAUACUGUAUGUGCCAGGCGAUAAAUGGACAGAAUGGGGAGAAUGGGAUGCCUGUAGUGUGACAUGUGGCGUCGGUCUGAGAAGAAGAGAACGUAACUGCACUGUGUCAAGUUUACUUCUUCAAACAUGCGCAGGAGAUUCGUUUGAAAUUGAAAUAUGUCCUACAAUUGAUUGCCCAGCUGUACGCUUGGUAAAUGGAGCCAAUAAGUAUGAAGGAAGAGUCGAAGUGAAUCACAAAGGAGAAUGGGGAACUGUCUGUAAUGAUGGAUUUGGUACAGAGGAAGCACGAGUAGUUUGUAGAAUGUUAAACUUACCGUGGUAAA